AAGAGUUACAAUACUUCUCUACUGCAAAGGCAAAUCAGUGAAAAGGCAAUGGCACACAUCAGCUUAACUGUCACAGCUGUCCUGUUAGUGCUGACACUGAGUUCCUUCAGUGAAUCACAAUCUACUGGACCAUGCUGCCUUUCUUAUUCCCCAAAGCCCCUGCCAUGCAGGUUCAUUAAAAACUACACAGACCAGCAUGCCAAUGGUGUCUGCAACAUUGAAGCAACAGUUUUCCUAACAGCAAGAGGACGGAAAGUGUGUGCAGAUCCAAAGGAGCAGUGGGUUGUCGAAGCUAUCCAGUGUGUAAAAAACAGAAAGAUCUGGGCUGCAAAGCAUUGAUGAGCUGUGCCUUUGCAAGAAAAUAUGGAAGAAUAAACUUGUGAAAAAAGUGUUUGAUUAAAAUGUAUAAAUCUUAAAACACAUUAACUGUUAACAUUACUGUGCAUUGGAACCAUGUACUGUAGUUAUAAUUUGCCCUUUUUUUUA